AUGGGCAACCUCGUCAGCAGCAAGCAGGAAUCGCCUCCGCCGCUGCCUCGCGUCAUCUCGUCUUCGAGCUGGGAGCUCCGAGCGCGCCCAAACGGCCUUGUCUCCGUCGACGACUUUGCGCUGCAGGAGCAGAUCGAGAUCGACACCGAGCUGGACGAGGGCGAGGCGCUGGUCCAGGUGGAGAUGCUCUCGGUCGAUGCCUUUCUGCGCACGAUGCUGGACGAGAAGGCGUACCACGGCGCAAUCUCCCUCGGCGACACGCUCCCCGCCGUCGGCUACGGUCGCGUCAUCGCCUCGGCCUCUCCCAAGGCAAAGCUCGGCGCGUGCACGGUCGCCAAGCUGAGCGCCGAGCAGGCGGCGAUGCUGAUGCCGAUGAUCUCGCUGCCGGGCGUGCCCCCCACCGCCUUUCUCGGCAUCCUCGGGAUCACGAGCGGCAUCACCGCCUGGGUCGGGGUGCACGCCGUCGCACGGCCGCCCCGCCGCGGCGAGACGGCGCUGGUGAGCGGAGCGACGGGCGCGACGGGCAGCGUGGCGGCGCAGCUGGCAAAGGUGGCGGGCGAGCAGCUCGACGAGCUCUGCCCGGACGGGAUCGACUUCUACUUCGACACGGUGGGCGGCCCGCUCCUCGACGAGGUGCUGAAGCGGCUCAACCGCGGCGGGCGCGUCGUCAUCUGCGGCGCGUCGUCGCAGUACAACGGCAACCUCAACGUGGGCACCGUGCGUGGCCCGAGCGAGUACCUCAAGCUGGCGGAGCGCGGCGCUAGCAUGGUCGGCUACAAUGUGCUCUUUUACAUGCACAAGCUGCCGUUCGCCAUCCUGCACUUGCUCUGGCUCCGCUGGCGGCGCAAGGUCGAGCGCGGCAUCGGCGGCUUUGGUCCGGCGAUGGUCAAGAUGUUCACCGGAGGCCACAUCGGCAAGUUGCUCGUCGAGGUGGCGGAGGGCGGCGAGGCCGCGGUUUCGGCCGUCGGCGCCACGCCGACGCAGGCAAAGGCGGUCAAGCUCGCGUGA